GAGUGAGAGACUGGGGAAAGGACUAACACAAACUUCUACCCAGGGGAAUAAUAAGCAGAGCCAGUGCAGGAGUCAGAAUAGGGGAGAACGCAGCAGUCACCAGUGCACAGCUGUACAAGAAACACUGACAGUUGGAAAGCUGCGAAGUCCCUAAGGCACCUUCCGCCUUGACACCCAAGCAAAAACAGAGCAGCAUCUGAAGCUCACCAAGGGGACCCCUGCUCUUUGGAAAGUUUUUUGGUCCUGGAUAAUCACGAUGGAGAAAUGUCAGAUAUCCAACUGCAGCAUAAAUACCAUGAACCUGACGUGUUACAUGGUCCUCAGCAGCCCCACUCAGAAAACAGGCAUAACUGUGCUGUGCUCCAUUGUUGGGAUUCUGUGUGUUUUGGAAAACUCUUUGGUGUUGUUUCUGAUAUUUGCUUCCCCUAAGAUCAGGAAAAAGCCUUCCUACCUCUUGAUCAGCAGCCUCGCUCUAGCAGAUGUCCUGGCCAGCAUUGUAUUUGUCUGCAGCUUUCUUGAUUUCCAUGUCCUCAACAGAACUGAUUCCUCUAAAGAGAUCUUCUUGCUGAAGCUUGGAGGGGUCAACACGUCCUUCACCGCGUCCUUGGGCAGCUUGCUGCUGAUGGCAUUUGACCGUUAUGUCUGUAUUCAUCGGCCAUCGGAAUACAAGGUCAUCGUGACGAGGAAAAGGGCUGUGGUGGCUAUGGCUGUGGUGUGGAUAGCUACCAUGUUCACUGCCUUCCUGCCUCUAAUGGGGUGGAACUGCUGCAAGGUAAACUCAACCUGCUCUGAGCUGUUUCCCUUUAUUGAUAGCAAGUAUCUGUCAAGCUGGAUCUGCCUGGUAAUGAUUCUGCUGCUGUGUAUAGUGUACGCCUAUGUCCGGGUGCUGUGGAAGGCUCAUAAGCACACAGUGUACAUGGAGAAACACCAAACCCAGGCUAGGCAGCGGAAUGCAAAGAUGAGGAUGGACAUCAUGCUCGCCAAAACAUUAGUGAUGGUCCUGGCCAUUGUCGUGACAUGCUGGUCCCCAGUGCUGGCUCUCAUGACGUACAGCCUCUUCGUCAGCCUGAAUGAUCAGAUCAGAAAGGGAUUUGCCUUCUGCAGCACCCUCUGCCUGGUGAACUCCAUGGUGAAUCCCAUUGUCUAUGCCCUACGAAGCAGGGAGCUGCACUCCUCUUUGAGGAACACUAGCUUGCGGUUCAGGAAGAAGGUGAGCAUCUCAGAGAUCACCCCGGAAGCAGACAGCAUUCAGAAAUCCUCACAGAUAGAAACCAUCUGUGACGACACUGUGUGCAACACAAACAUGAAUCUGCUGAAAGCCUGAGCUUUGACGGGGGAAACAUAUGACAGAUUUUGGAUUGUUUCUUUGAAAAGGAAGAAAAUCUAAAGCUGCUUUUCUUUGUAGCUCCUGGGAGGAUUCGUGACUGAAUGCCUUGCCUGGGAAAUGAAACCAUUUGUCUUUAAUGGUGUUGUGAAACAUUUGCAGAUCACACCCUCCCUGUGCCUGGGACUUUACUUAGUGAGUAAAAGACAUGAGCCCUGAUUUGUAAUGGUAUUUAGGCACCUAACUCCCAUUGAUUUCCAAGGGAAUUAGCUGUCUAAGUACCUUGAAAAAUCUGGGCUGCUGGUCCCUCCCCUCUAAAGAGCAGAUACACCCAACCAAAGGAAGACUGGACCAACUCUACCAUACGAAUACUACAGUGAUAGCAUAGCAGGCUUUCAGAGAUAUUACAGUGAUGGGUGCUCUACAAACAUCAUGGAUGGACGGAUAAACAGAAGCAGUCCCCACUAUUUUAGGGCAGCCCUCCCGGUUUACCAGACUAAGUCCACAACUGUGUCAACUAGUGAUCUCCUUGACCCACUCAUCUUGCAAUCAAUUACCUCUUUCCUCCCUACUCUAAAAUGAAGUUCUGGUCCAAGUAAAAUGUGCUUUGAUCCACGUGGCUGUAGCACAAGGCUGGUCUAUGACCACUCUGCUGCUGGGACUGCAACAUUUUAUAUGCAAUUGUGGUUAAAUACACUAAGGCAUCGAGCACACCGCGGUGGUGGGGAGAGCCCCGCUCUCCCAUUAAACUCAGUGGAAGUUGAGCACCUUGCAGGAUGGAGCCCACAGUGGGUCUUAUGCCCAGAUACUCAAAGGUAUUUAGGCUCCUGACUUCCACUGAAAUCAAUUGGUGCCUAAAUAGCUUUGAGGAACUGGGCAGUCUGAGAGCCUCAGUGUUUAGGAGUUUGAUUGUUUUUCCAGGAACAUUUACAGCCAAGUAUGGCUCCAAAGGAAGUGUAUGAAUGUGGUUUACUUUUCAUCCAACUAAGGAGGCACAUUUAUCCCUAAUGUAAUUUCAAUGAUGGCGGGGAGUAGGGGGGAAGCUGGUACAAAUUACCAGGGCCCAGCAGUCCGGAAGGGGGCCCAGCUUCCCUGGCUUCGUCAGCCCUGUUUAGCCGGUCCGCCCUUGCUGGGGGGCCCGAAAAACAUUUUUCACCGGGGCCCGAACCCACUCUCGGCGGCCCUGGCAGUGUGCGAAGCCCCCAGCUGCCCCUAUAUGUAGGAGCCGGAGAAGGGGACAUGCCACUGCUUCUGGGACCCACAUGGCGUGGGGCAAAUCCCCCAUCUCGCUCCCUGGCUGGAGUGCUGGAGUGGGGCAAGCCCUGGAUCCUGCUGCCUGGUGGGAGCUAGAGGGCUGGAUUAAAACAUCUGGAAGGCUGGAUGCAGCCCCCGGGCCGUAGUUUGCCCGCUCCUGCCCUAGAGUAACUAUGCAGUUAUAUGCAGUGUUGUCGUAGGUCUAUGCUAUUUGCCGCCAGUGGCUGCUAUGAUAGAAAUCAGGAUGCCUUUGCAAAAUUAUGUUGUGACAUUGCACUCUAUAGGAUUUUAUGAAAGUAUGCUGAUGAGUGCGAAUGUAAUGUAAUUAAAAUAUACUUCAUGGAAAAGGUCUCUUGUAAGGUAUCAUUACAAAGUUUAUAAUCUACUGAGUGUAGUCAUCCUAUUUGUACAAAUGUAUCACUCUUGUAUCUGAAACUAGAAAUAUGAAAUAUAACUCUGAGGGCCUAUUGUAAUUAUGCAAAGCGUGGGCUAUUAAUGGUGGUUUGGAAUUUUGAUGGCUCCCAUCAACCAGGAAAAUUGACUGCAGAUGGCUCUGGUUUACUUGCAAGUCUUCCUGUAUACGCGUGUGCUGGCAAGUGGGUAAUAACGUCAUACAGUGACAUGUGAUCAUGUCACCUGAACUGGAAUCCAUCUUUAACCUGGUGCUUUUCCAUUGAGAAGGAGUAGGUGGGAACCCAGAGAGGGACAAAGAAUUCCCCCUUUAUGUAAAAGAUAUCUAAGUGGGUGGAACAGAACAAAAGUGGCAGCCAUCGUGAGACAUCCCCUAGCUACCACCUGUGCUGGAACAAGGGCUGUACCAGGGGAAAGGAUUGUGCCCAGACUAGGAAGGCUUCCAGUCUGUGAAAGAAACUUAUUGAAACAUCUCUGGGGGUGAGAUUUUUAUUUGUAUUCAGUUUUAUUGCUGUAUUAGACUCAGAUUUGCGUGUUUUAUUUUAUUUUACUUGGUAAUUCACUUUGUUCUGUCUGUUACUACUUGGAGCCACUUAAAUCCUACUUUCUGUAUUUAAUAAAAUCACUUUUUCCUUAUUAA